AUGAAACCAAAGAGGAUAGAAAAGAAAUUGAUUCAGUCCUGGAAGUCAGCAGGGGGCGGCGUCAGGACGGGUGGGCCGUUGUCUCACGGUGCGUCCUCUGUGCUCUGCAGCCUCCACGGACGGUACCGGGAACUGGCUCCACACCUGGUACCGCUGGACUACACCAACAACCCGGACAUCAAAGUCCCAAAGGCGCUCAUCGUCACCAUGCCGGAGCUCAAGGAGAACCCGUUCAGGGACAGGAUCGUGGAGACGUUCUCUGAGGACGGACAGGGCAACAUGAGCUUCAAUGACUUCGUGGACAUGUUUUCAGCUCUCUGUGAAACGUCGCCCAGAGAGCUGAAGACCAUCUAUGCCUUCAAGAUCUACGACUUUAACAGGGACAACUUCAUCUGCAAGGAGGAUCUGCAGAAGACCCUGAACAAGCUGACCAAAGGGGAGCUGACCCCAGAGGAGGUCAGGCUGGUGUGCGACAAGGCCAUGGAGGAGGCCGACCUCGACGCCGACAACAAGCUCUCCUUCUCAGACUUCGAGAACAUGAUCUCCAAAGCUCCAGACUUCCUGAGCAACUUCCACAUACGGAUAUGAGAGCAGAGAUCCUGUACAGGACAGAUGUCUCACCUGGACCCAUUCUUGACUCCACUGAGUCUGUGACCAGGACCAGUUCUGGAUCUUCUGGCUCACUCUGAUCGUUCUGGAUCCAGCUGAACCCUACUGGACCCAUCUGGUUCCGGCGCUGUGGAACAAACUGGACUUGGUCUAAAAGCACACGGUUAAAGGGCAAACAGCGAGCAGCUAUGCAACCCUGGUCCCCUCAUCGCAUGCUGUACAUAGCUGCUGCUGCUGCAGCUGCUGCUGCUGCUGCAGC